CUCUCCGGUUUCCUGGGCGGAGGAGCGGCGGCCCGCACCCCCCUCGGCGGGGCCCCGGGGUAAUUCGAUGCGGGCCUGGCCGGGCUCCCCACGCUAGAGCGGGGCUCGCGGCGCGGCUGCCUCCACCCACCGGCCCACCCUCCACGGAGCCAUCAUGUGAUCCGGAAAUAAAACAACUUCCUGCAAACAAUGGUGAAAAGACUUCAUGUGCCCUUUAAUGAAUACUUUUAUUGGCAUACUGUCUCUCUCCCAUAAGGAUCAAUGUGACUCCGGAAACAAAUGGAUGAAUGAAUAUCCCUAUGAAGAGGAAACCAAUAAAGCAUAUCAACACCUUUGAGAACAGAAUGUUAAUGCUUGAUGGGAUGCCGGCAGUCAGAGUCAAAACAGAGCUUCUGGAAUCUGAACAAGGGUCUCCAAACGUCCACAACUACCCCGAUAUGGAAGCCGUUCCCCUGUUGCUAAAUAAUGUGAAAGGGGAGCCCCCGGAGGACUCGUUAUCUAUAGAUCACUUCCAAACGCAAACUGAGCCAGUGGACUUGUCAAUAAACAAAGCCAGGACAUCCCCAACUGCCGUCUCAUCCUCCCCCGUUUCCAUGACAGCGUCUGCCUCCUCGCCUUCUUCAACUUCAACCUCUUCGUCGUCUUCUAGUCGUCCAGCCUCAUCCCCAACUGUUAUCACAUCGGUAUCUUCAGCCUCAUCUUCGUCCACAGUAUUAACUCCAGGUCCCCUGGUUGCCUCUGCCUCUGGUGUGGGCGGCCAGCAGUUUUUGCACAUCAUCCAUCCCGUUCCACCUUCAAGCCCGAUGAAUUUACAGCCUAACAAACUGAGUCACGUUCACCGCAUCCCCGUGGUGGUGCAGUCGGUGCCUGUUGUCUACACAGCUGUCCGGUCACCUGGCAAUGUGAACAACACCAUUGUCGUGCCGCUUUUGGAGGAUGGGAGAGGCCAUGGCAAAGCACAAAUGGACCCCCGAGGCCUAUCUCCCAGACAAAGUAAAAGUGACAGUGAUGAUGAUGACCUGCCAAAUGUGACCUUAGAUAGCGUUAAUGAAACUGGAUCUACGGCCCUUUCCAUAGCCAGAGCAGUACAAGAGGUACAUCCAUCCCCAGUAUCAAGGGUCCGGGGAAAUCGAAUGAAUAAUCAGAAGUUUGCUUGUUCAAUCUCACCGUUUAGUAUCGAGAGCACAAGACGCCAGAGACGAUCCGAAUCUCCGGACUCCAGAAAACGGCGUAUCCACAGGUGUGAUUUUGAGGGAUGCAACAAAGUGUACACAAAAAGUUCCCACCUGAAGGCUCAUCGGAGGACGCACACAGGAGAGAAGCCCUACAAGUGUACCUGGGAAGGCUGCACCUGGAAGUUUGCCCGUUCAGACGAACUGACGAGGCAUUACCGCAAACACACGGGCGUGAAGCCGUUCAAGUGCGCGGACUGCGAUCGCAGCUUCUCCCGGUCGGAUCACUUGGCGCUGCACCGCCGGAGGCACAUGCUGGUGUGAGGACUGCUACUGCUGCCUGUCCAGCUGAGCGUAAGAGCUGGGUCUCUUAGCGGCACCCAAUUCAGCAGGGCUGAAUCCCCUUCACAGUGUUAACACAAAAAAAAAACAAAACAAAAAAGGGCAUCACCAUCCCACGGUGUCUGAAGCCAGAGCAGGAGAAAGCAGGGUGCCUUCUGCAUUCGGUCCGAAGGUUGCCCGCACCAUGACUACGCGCGAACCGUCUUCACGCUGGCCUGGGCGCUCAGCGACCCAGAUGCUGAAGAGACACGCAUUGUUUUCUGUGCCGUGUGCUCUGCCAUUUACAGAUGUUUGUAGCUUGUACAUGUUCUGAGCUGUCAGACGUUUUGUUGUUGAUCCCCGAAAGGUCAUCUACCCCACAUUGAUGGCUAGAGCAAGACCUUUUCAAUUUGGAUGAUCCUCCCUCUGGUCCCACCCCCUCCCCCACCCCCAGGCCCCCUUUUAAAAGACGUUUUAGUUACUGUCUCAGUGAGCUAGGAAACACACCCUGUCUGAUACCAGCAAGCGGCACGGAGGUAGAAACGAAGAAGCUGUUGGAGGUUCCCUUCGCUGACAGUGCAGGGGCCCCGCGGCAGGCGGGGGCUCUGCCGUGGUGAUGGCGACAGUCCCCCAUCCCCGGCAGCCCGUCUGGAUGCCAUGCCCUGAAGGAAAUCAACAUUGACUCUUUUCAUUUGUUUGUCCUUGGUCGUUCUCAUUUUGUUUUCGGUUCUGUUUUGUGCACCUGUUCCAGCAGAGGGGCAGUGACGUUUCAGUGGAAGUCUAGUCCUGGUCCCUGUACCUGGCGUGGACUGACACAGAGGUGUCCAGUAGUUGAAUAGGAAGAGCCUGUCUUUAAAAACAAAAACUACUGCCCCACUUCAAACUCGCAGGGUUCUCGCACCCAAGCAUCAUCUCCUCCUGCCCCCAGUAUUUGGUUUCCAGGAGUCAGGGAGGGGGGACCCCUUCCUUAGACACACUGGCACCAAGGUAAGAGGCGGGGCUGCCCAGGCAGUCAGCGAACAUGAAAACGCGAAGCCAAGAUGGAAAUAAUGCACCUCUUGAGGAGAAAAGCAAUAAUGAAUAAAAGGACUUUCCUACAGUAACUUCACUGAGGACUCACGUUACCAGUUUUCAUUCUUACCAAAGGGAUUGUGGAAAAAAAAAAAAAAAGCACCCAGCAGUUUAGAUGUCUUGGUUCCAUUCACAGCCCGGAGGUCAUCUUUCUGUUGCUUGUUGUUCUGCUUGGUGUAGAGUACCACAAUUGAAGAUUAUACUCCCAUUUCCUUGUUUGCAAACAGUUGGCUGGUGACUAGACAGGCAAGGGAGGCAUAGCCAGGAAUUAACUCUUGGGUGAAUGAGUCAGUUCUCCUUGGAACCCAGUCAGUGGCAAGGGACUGCCCCCUACCCCAUCCCGUGUACCCCCACCCCCCAGUCCCAGACAGCCUGCCAUGGUGCUAGAUUCUGCUCUCUGGGAGCCAAGGACAAGGGACUCUCCAAUUGGUUCUUCUACAGAGAUUCCAUUUUCUCAACUCUACUGGGACCCCCGGGGUCCUGCAUGAGCAUCUACAGGGAGGUUGCACCCACUCCCCCUGUGCUAGGGAUGAGAAGAAACUGUAGUCCCAUCAACCCCCAAGAAUUAUGAGCCUUUUUGCAACUAGCUAAGCAUCUAGUUGAAUAAAGCAAUACAUCACCAACAAGCAUUCUUUCAGAAAAAUUAUCAUAUUUUUGUCCCCACUAAAAGCUGGUUUUUUUGGCCAGCUUAAUGUGGCUAAAGGGGCUUGGGUAAGCUUUGUUGUUGUUAUUGUUGUUGUUGUUGUUGUUGUUGUUAGGAUUUUUUAUAGCUUAGAUAUAAAAGGUCUCCAGCAAAGACCUUGGCAAUAUAUUUUAAUUACAAACACUUGAUUUGGGGAAUUGCACAAAAUUAACCUCACAAAUCUGACUAGCUCAUUUUUAAAUGUCAGCGUUCUGAAAUAAUUUCUGGUUACAGAAUUAUCCUUUUUGGGAUCAUCUUCUAAUUCAGAUAAUCUUACUCUGAUGUAGUAAGAACUAAGAACAUUGAAACAAGGAUGAUUUGUGUUGGAUGGUAGCAAAAGGAAAUUUUAGAAGUGUUCAAGCAACCAUAUAAUGAUUUUCAGGUCAAAUUCUGGCUUCAGAAAUAUGUACUCUGUAUUUUCUUCCAGGUCUGAAAAAUUCACCAGGCAAUUUCCCUCCAACAAGGGCUGUAAUUCUGUUGAUAAACAGCUUGGUUAGCUACACAAUCUACUACCCAGCAACCAAUGGUUUGUUUGUUUGUUUGUUUUUUUUUUUUAGCAACUGGAAAGUUUUUUUAUCUGUACUAUAUGCACCUCCUACUUCUCAUUGUCUGUGGUCAUUCAGAAUAGCAAAAGGUUUCGUGAUGCAUGCCAGCAUUAAGGUCUCAUGAUGCGUGCCAGCAAUGGUUACUGGUCAGUGGCAAAGAACAGAUUCAGAGAGGAACAAACAUAUGACCAGGAAACCCCCAGCACUGGCUCCAGAACCUAUUGGACAGGUAGUAGGGAAUCACUCAAGUGAAAUGCUGAUUUGAUUUCAUAAGAUUUCGUAAGAGCCAGUCCUUUUCUUUGCUGAGAGGUGUCCUGCAUGUAUUCGGGCGGACACGGUUUUUAGAAUCCAUGGAACUUACUUCCUGAGUGGCAGCUUUGAUUUAAAUUUAGCACAGAGUUUAAUGAGCUGUAGCUCUCUGGUAGUAUAGGAAAGGUUUGGGGAAGUGAGCUUCCUCCUCACCCCUGAAAGUGAGAAGCAGGCUGAGAUGAUAAAGCUAACUGGUAAAAGCCGUCAGUGGGACACUCUCUUCCAACUUUGACAAGACCGGAAGAAGAAUUCCAAGCACAAACAAGUAAAUGCGUCUGUGAUCCAGCCCCAGGCACUGAAACGCAGUCUAAGCUUGUGUUGGGACACAGCAAAUUCUUUUUCAUGAGUUUCCUAAAAGUUGCCCCGGGGGAUGGGAGAACAGAGUAUCUUCAGGCAUGGAAAAGCCUGUGUUAUAUCUCACACACGCAUUUCUGGCCUCUUUUACAAAGCACAGUGCAUGAUGGGCAAUGGAAAAAGGAUGGAAAACUAAAGGACCUGUCACUUGUCCGUGAUUAGAUGCAUUCUUUGGUUUCAAAUUGGAAAUGAUUACAUUUAUAGAUGGGGAUAGGCACAUGGUUGGGAACUUAACCCACACGCGACUGUAACGCCUUAAGACAGUGCAGUGGAUCUGACUUACUCUUUGCUUUGUUAGAGACUGACUUCUAGGGAGUUAUCUGAAAAGUUACGGAGGUUCAGAUUCUGAGGUUUAAUAGGAUCCCUUCUCGUAUUCUGCUCUUAAGUUGUUCAGAAUUUUGUGCUUCUCCAUCCACACCCAGCCGCCUCCUGUCAGUUAUGUGUGGACUCUGCUAGCUAACUUGUCUUAAGUUCUAUUAAGGCAUUUAGACGGAGAUUCCUGUUGGCUUCCCAUAAAGGUGGCACCAUAGCCUGGCAUCACUUUCACAAAACACUAUAGGACAUUUGUUUUCAAAAGCAGUUGAACGGCAGGAACAUAAAGCACAUUUUUCAAAAAGUGAGCACUUCUUAUCACACGUUAUUUAAGUGGGAAAUAGGAGGAUGAUUUCCGGGGGGGAAAACCUGCAGAUGCUAUGGUUUUCACAUGCCAGUUCAAGGUGAUGAGAAAGGCCAUUUUCCUGACAGUUGGAACUUGGAGUAACUUAUGCCAAUACUGUUUAUUUCCAUACAACUUGUUUUUCACCUCAAAUUGCCAUUUGUGUUCUAAGCAUAAAUAUAAUUCUGCACUUGAACAUCAGGUCAUCAGAAUAAUACCAUGUGUAUGGAUAAAGAUGCAGUGUUCCUCACGCUGCACUUGACUUGUAUUUAUCAAGGUGGCACAUUGGAAUAAAUCUGCUGAGGGGAGGCCUUGAAAGUAUACUUCUGCACCUUUGUUUUGCUGGGAUGACUACUGAGAGAUGUAGCUGUAAUGUUGUCAGGAAGAUGUCUUCUCAUUGAUAGUGAGGAUUGACAGAAUUGAAGCAGUGUUAAGAACAUCAGCAUCCAUGGUACAAUCUGUGUAGAAGGGACUGAAUGGGAGAGAAUUCUUAAGAACCGUGAUAGGCCCGGGAAGCCUUAAUAUUCAUAGUUCAUAAUCCAGUCUCUGGUGUGGUUCUUCAUUAACACCUGGGAAGUUAGUAGGGAAAUGUGUUCUAUUUCAACAUCGCUGCCCAGAUUUCUUCCUUGGGUUUUCCUGAGGUAGUGCAUUCCAUUAAAAAGUUUUCCAUUUGAUUUGGUUUGGUUUAGAAAAGGGGUUUAGUAAGUCAUGUCUUCCAUAUUCCACCUUUCUGCGUGUCCCCACACUGCCUUCCACUUACCUGGACAGACACCUCCAACACGUGCACAUGUGUACUCACACCUGUAUAUGCAGCAGCCCAUGGGCUAAUAACUAUCAACAAAGAACUUUUUUAAAAGAAAGAAUUUGUAAUAAUCCAUGCUGUCUAGAAAUAUAAGUUAUUUACCUUACUAGGGAAUCAGCUUAUGAUACUAUAUAUGACUUUGCCUGCAUUUUAUAGUUGAGAAAUGUACAUACAAAUGAAAAAAUGCUAUAUUUUCACAGUUUCAUUAUAGAAUAAUGUCUGUUUAGCAACCCAUGUCCAUUGGUACUUUAAAUAUGCUAAAUAGUAAGCAAUUGCAAUAGAAACUCAGAAUUUCAUAAAAAAAAGACAUAGAAGGAUACUGCAUCUUUUAAAAAAAUAGAGUGACGCUAUUUUACUGUAUUCGUAACAUAUGUGAUAGUGGAAAAAUAUUUUCAAACUCACAAAUUUUACAGAGGUUGUAAAUAGUUUGAUGAAGUAUGUUGGGGAAAAAAGAGCUUCUAAUUUUCAUCACAAUAAAGAGAAAAAAAAAAACUUGUUCAGCUAUGCCUUGUGUAUCUUACGCACAGUUAGCGAUAUUGCCAUGGAAAUUCUGUUGCGCUUUGUCACAACUCAUUCUUUGUACUCCAUUGGAAUGGAGUGGCUACUUGUCAUGGGUUAGCCAUGAUGGCUUAAAACACCAUGAAGUCAUUUUAAGUUACAGACAACUGAUUCCAAACUCAUCAUUUCUUUUCCUAAAAAGGGGGGAUACAGCUGCAGACAAUUUUCCUGGCUGCAAAGAGGAGCAUCCAGUCGUCCUUUUUCCCUUUCUUUCUUAGUCAUCUCCCUGCUCAACAACGUGGUUCUUGAUAAAAAGAAAAGGGCAAAACCAUACAGGUGUUUGUUCUAGUCGAAUUCCAGAGAGAUGGCUUUUAGGUAUAGCUGCGUGUUGACAAGUGAAGUACUGUGGGUCUGGCCACGUGGUAAAUGAAUCUGUACUGGCAGAGGGAUGAGCUAAUGCCAAUUUUCAGAAAUGAAUUAAACACUGAAAGUGCCUGUCAGUUAACAUUAUAGCUAACGAGAUAUUCCUGUACUUUCACACAGCAAUACUUCUUCAUCAGACUGGGUUUUUCCUGUACGUUUUGAGGCUGUGCACACACAAAUACAUUCACGUAGUAAAUUGGAUCUGCUCGCAUACAACAAAAAAAUAAUCCUUUUGUGUCUUUUAAAUAUACCUAAUUUUAUGCUAACAUUUCUUAAAUUGAUUUCUCUUACUUGCACGGUGUAAGAAUGUCAAUGUGAACAUUAUCUUCACUGUACACUGUGGUAUAUGGCAGUUACCAUUUACAGAUAAAAAGUUGACUAUGAUUUGCCCAAAACUUAUUAAACAAUAUCUGUGACUUGAAACAUUUUGCUAAUUUAUUUAGAGCAAAACUCUGAGGGGCGAUUGUUUUUCUCUGUUUUUUCAACUCAUAUCAAAUCCAUCUUUACAUUGCUUCAUUUUGCAUUUCCUCAAAAUUUUUUAUUAUCUAAAAACUUUUGGAAUGAAUGAUAGAAAACAAUUUCUCUCUCAGAGUCUGCUGAUAGGUAAGACUAGCCUUUAAUCUUACAGUGAGCCCUGAAAAUUACCAGAUUUACAUUAAAAAUUUCCCAAGUUUCUCACAAGUAGUUAUUUUACUGCGGAAAGUAGAGCCUCAGAUGGAAAUAUGCAAUGAGAUUGUGUGAAUAGACAGAAACCCUGGAAAUUCUCCAACCCCACUAUCUCAGAGCACAAAAUCACCCAAACAGACCAUUGAGGGUAUCAGUAAAAUCAUACUCUUUGAGAGCCAAACAUUUGGUCAGAAGAGUUUCAAAACUACGACUGUUUACACUUCCAGGUUUUUGGUGGUGGGUCCUACCACAGUGGACAGUGUUCUGCAGGCCUACACCACAGGCCAGUGAAACCAUCUACUGUUUCCUCCUCCACGUUUCAGAAGGGAGGAAGGGAAGCUGGAUAUGUACCAGGAUGGGGUGUAAAAUACUCUGAAGUGUCCCAGGGAAAUGGCCGAGUUCCUUAAUCUCAUGAAAGUAGAGUUUUCGGACUGGAUUGCUUUCUGCAUGUUGUCUGAAAGUACUAAAAUAUCUUGAAAGUUUAAAAAAAAUCAAUAAACCAAGAAAACAAUACUUGAGUUUUUUUUUUUUCUUACUGAACACUUACUGCAUGCCAAGUAUGCUGCUGGCACUUUUUAGGCACAUUACCUCUAUCUACAUUUCACUGAUGGGGAACUGAGACAUGGAGAGGGGGAGAGGGAGACUGAGUUGUGCAUAGACACAGAGUACACAACAGAGGAUGAAUGGGAAGUCACAUAUCUCUGGCUCAGUCUCCUUUCCAGUGUGGCACACUGCCUGUGUGGUCCAGAUACCUUUGCACAUCUCUAAGACCUAGUAGUUUAUUAUGGCCACCAUGCAUAAGUAGUCAUCACAUUGUGUCAGUAAAAUAUUAGGACAUGUUAAUAACACUUGAUGAGACAGCAGUACAGGGUAUCAAGUCAAACCUUGCCUGGGAAGUCAUACAUGCAAGAUGACUACAAGUUUCCCCCCGAACUUGUCCCUUUUCUCCUAAAUGUUUGGCCUGGAGCUCCAGAAUCGUCAAAACUCUUCCUUCCUUAAUGGCAUAUUUGCCUGAGUUGCUUUUCUCAGUUGUACAUAUUUCUUGGUAUAUAUUUCAGAUACCUGUCUGCCAAUGUAGACCUGCUAGAGUCUGCUGCGGGAUUUGAAACAUUCACCUCCAUGGACCUAGUUUAAGGUCAAAGCUCACUCUUGCAGUUGUGAAUAGGGUGGUGAUCACAAAUUUGGAUGAUAUCAAGUAGAAAUUAUGAGUAAUUCCUUUUCCUAUUUCUCGCUUAACAGCACCAUUGUGAAACAUUUUAAGUAUUGAUAGAGAUAAUUUGUUUAUAGUGUUGUUAGUUUAAUUGAAUUUUAUGUGAGAAACUGUACAACAUCAGAGAAACAAAAUCCCUCUUCCUUUGGCUGUGUGGAGCAAGGUCUCUGACAGUAUUGAUUCAUGGAGGUGCUAAUGGACUUAGAAAACAUGAAGAGAAUGCCGUUUCUCAUAGUGUUUCUGUUGCUGAAAAUGAAUCUCCUGAGUUAUGAUCUUUCUCUGCAUUACAUGGCUGAGGAAGAGAUAUAACCUGUAUUUACGAAUGCUCUUCCCUGCUCAAAGCAAGUGUUCCAUGCGUACCACCUACUGAAGAUCAACUGGUUUCACAAGCAGUAAUUUUUCAAUGAUAAAAAUGACAACUUUGAGUGAGUUGAAAAGAGAUGAAUGAUGGCCAUUUUCACAUCAGGACUUUUUCUGGAUUCCAUCUCUAGAAAAUUUGAAGCAUUUGAGACAACAGUGUCUUGAGUCUGCUUUUUGUGCAGUACAAGAACCAAGGACGCCUAUAUCUCACUUUUCCUAAAGUAGGUUGACCAAGACUUUCACAGAGAUUCGUUUUUGUUGAGAAAAGAGGGUGAAUGCUAGGAUAGAAUUUAGAUCCAAAGGUUAGUAGUAAAACUAUCCAAGCAAUCAAAGAAUAAGAUAUUUUAGGGACAUACCAACAUCUUCCCUUUCUUCUAAUUUCAUGCCCUAAAGAUACAACAUAAAACAUUAUAGAAAAUGCCUUUGCCUUACUAGCAUUUCUAGUUUUCCCUUGCCAGAAUGUUGUGAUUACAUCCAGACUACAGUAUAUGUUCUGUUCCCCAAACUUUAUUACGUUGGAUGGGUAUUGUUGAACUGGGGCACUGGUGCCUAUGUUCAAGGCUCUUUCCUAUCAACUUGUCUGUCCACAGUUUGUUGUGUUCAGAGAUUGAUUUUUUUGAAUCACUGUUCCCCUACGGGAUGGUGGCUGUAUUGUUUUGUUCAUGUCUAUGUGUGGGACACAUUGCAUCACAUGGCAAACCAACUCUGUGGAUGUGAGAUAACUGCUUACAAAACCAGCUUGAAAACAUUGUCUCGUGUAUUAUGUCAUCCUGCAUCACAAUGCAAUUAUGUGUGUAUCAUGCUCAUUUUUUUAAAAAGAGAGAAACCAGCAAAUUCAUGUUUGUCCAUAGAAGAAUGUACUCAGAAAUUUCUAUGUUGUGAAUUAAGAACAGACCACUGUUAAGGUACCCACCUGCCACUUAAAAUGACUUAGUUAUAAUUAGUAGUAGUCUAGACAUUGCUCUUGGUGUGUGGGGGUCAAUCCAAAUGUCAUAUUCUUUUGAAUAAUCUCUCAUUUUUGAAAAGAAUACAUGGGAGUAAAGAAAAAUACCAUCUUUGGCCAAAUCAAGCAGACAUUCUUUUUGGCUUUUCCUUGACACUUAGCUCAUUAUACAUGGUGAUUGGAUCACAAGAUCUCUGUAAAAAUACAAAAACAUCCUUUAGUUUACAAAACAGUUAUUCUAGGCUUGAAGCCUCUGGACAGUGAAUUGAAUAGAUGGGCUGCAUCUGCUUUACUUUACUGAUGUAAACUUACAGAUGAGUCUUGUCUCUCUGUCCCCAGAGAGCUUGAGUGCCCAGAGGAGAUCCUACACGUUAAAGGAUAAAGCCCCCCUGCCCAAUGAUGCUCACAAGCAAAUGUGUUGAGUUCUUAAAUCUUCAUUUGGUUUUCUGUUCAGAGUUUUAAUUGCAAAUGAAUUUAUUUCUCCAGCUUAUCUAAAAUCUAAUUUCCCAAUAGUUUCCUCUGCAUUUAUAUACGCUAUAGUGUUUAGGCAACCUGUUAUAAGUUUAUUAAUAUUAUGUAAGUGUUGUUCUUGUAUUUAUGUAUAGUGUAUGUAUUGUAAAUAUAUUCAGAGCUUUUUUCCUUUUACUGUAAAAUGGUGAUUUUUUUUUUGCCCUAUGAUAAUGUAAAGGGAGACCCUCCUAAUGAGAUUCUCUCAGAGGAUGAUUAUUCCAGUCUAUUCUCAGAGAUUUAAAUGAACAAGUGUUACCGUUUUCAAUGGUGUCUCAGACAUAUUCUGUUGGUGCAUUGCUUUUCUGUAUUCAACUUUCCUAUGAAUUGAGCUGUGAACCGAAAUAGAGUUUAAACCUUUAACUGUAUGCAUUUGUAUAAUUAUCUGAAUGAAGGCAUGAAGGUUAAAUAAAGCAUUUUGUAUGGAACAACACUCCCUAAUUAUUACUAAAGCUGACUCAGACACUUUGGAAAUCAUAGUUAUUAACCAUUCUAAUUAAACCUUUGUUAUGAAAAGUU